UUCUCCUCUUGACUCCCAAAAGACUCUCUCUGAACUACUGUCCACUAUCCACUGUUAUCCACACUAUCUACUACUCUCUACCACAAUCUACUUGACUUGGAGUAACAAUUUCCCGGCACCAUGCGCAUGACAGCUUUGGUGAGCUUGGCAUUUUCUGCCUCGAUAGGCCUCAUGUUCCUCAUCUUGGCCUGUGCUCUGCCACAGUACAAUAACUGGUGGCCAUUCUUUGUGCUGGUGUUCUAUGUCCUUGCUCCCAUCCCAACAAUUAUGGCUCGGAGAAUGUCGGAGGACUCUGGUGGCAGCAAUCCGUGUAAAGAACUGGCAUAUUUCAUAACGGCAGGCUUGGUAGUGUCUGCCUUUGGUCUUCCGAUUGUGCUAGCCAGAGCACCAGUUGCACAGCCAGUGAUCCAUUGGGGUGCUUGUGCUCUGGUUCUCUCAGGGAACAUCGUCACUUUCCUGACCAUCUGGGGCUUCUUCGUGAUGGCUGACAGUGACGAUGUGGAGUACAGCAUGUGGUGAGGUGCGAGUGUGAGCAGAAUGAGUGGGCGAAGAAGGUGCCAUGGACAGAGGUCGUUUGUUGCUCUCUCCCAUUUUCCCAAGGGACGGAACUCCGCUUGUAAUCUCACUGGGACCUCAGUUCAUAAUGGCUGUAGAAAAUUUGCGGUUUAUAUCUACCAUUAGUUGAUUAGGGCUCCAAGGGAAGUUGUCGUAUCAAAAGAAUAUUUAUUGUGGGUCACAAGUACUUGCAGUCUGUCUGUCUGUCUGUCUGUCAGUUUUAUGAUCUUUUGAGAUGACUUAAUAUGGAUGCAAUAUGCUAGGGUUAAGCAUUGGUUUAAGUUGAUUUAUGUGAUCAGUCUGUCAUAUAUCAAAUUUUAAAGAAUUAUGCUUGUCAGUGUAGUUUUUCCUCUUGGAUAAUUAUGUUGUGGGCUAACAGCUAACAGUCUUUCUCUGCUUAUUCUCAUUCUUGUACACAGUGACAAUCAUGUGAGCAUUAUUGUUAUUAGGAGGAGUUGUGGUAA